UGGUCCACUCGUUUGCCCUUCAAUACAUUUACCUGCGCCGUGUCUCACAGUGCACUGAGGUUCAACUCCUCUGUGUUUUCUAUCAAAUGUGGUUUACAGUUUAAGUGGUUCUAGGCUGCCUUAGCGAAGGAAAAUCGUGCCCGCUAUGGAGACGUCGAGCAUCCUGUGGGCGUCGACGUCUGUCAUCACUUUCGUGGUGAUGGUGACUGCCACGCUCUACCUCUACACCUACUUGCUGAGGAAGAACAGGAGGUUCGCUUGGGGCUCCCUCGGCCGCGAUGUGGUCGUCCUGCACAUCUCUCCCCGCGGCCGCUUUGCUCCCAACAUGUCUCCCUUCGCCAUCAAACUGGAGACCUUCCUGCGGCUGGCGAAGAUACCCUAUAAGGUGGACUUCGAGGAGCCUUUUGGGCCGAAGGGGAAGACCCCCUGGAUCACUCUCAACGGCGAGGAACUCACGGAUUCCCAGCUCGUGAUGCAGGAACUCGCGCGCCGCUACGAACUCACCGACAACCUUACUGUCGAGCAGCAGGCGGUUGCGAGAGCGCUGACAGUGAUGGUCGACGAGCACCUCAUCUGGGGCCUGCGCGUCUGGAGGUACGACGUGGACCGCGGCCAGGGGUUCUCCGAGUGCAUGAACAACGUGCCCUUCUACUACAAGUGGCUCGUUCCUAUGCAGUGCUGGCGCAUGCGUAACGCGCUGUGGCAUCAGGGCAUGGGAAGGCAUACGUUCCGAGAGGUCAAGGGGUUUGUCAAGCAGGACUUGGCGGCGAUUGCUGGUUAUUUGGGUGACAAACCCUUCUUAUUCGGCGAUGAGCCUUGCCAAACGGACUGUGCUGUGUUCGCCCACCUGGCCAACAUUCUCUACAAUUACCAGCGCUCGCCAUUUUACGCCAUGGUAACAAAUGAUUUUCCGAAGCUUAGUGAAUAUGCGUCGAGGGUGAGGGCGAAACUUUGGCCGAACUGGUACCUGCUCCUCGACCCGGCUCAGCCUCAGCGCCGUUUGAGCACAUAAGGGCGACUUAGAUUAAGAUAUAAGAGUGAAAAAAAAAUCUGUUUGGCACCGAGACAUGGCGGAAAAUUUGGUAUGUUAUUUGGCGAAAAUAGAAACUAAAUGCCUUUGUUAGAUUGUUCUAAUAGGAUUUCAUCUCUGACACUUUAUUGUUUUCAAUUAAUACUCAAUUAAUUCUCUCAUUAAUUACUUAACGCAAACAUUAAAGGCAUUUGCGCAUCAUCAAAGAGUGAGCACAGGUGUUCCAGUCUGCUCCCUGCUUAAAGUUUAUCACUAUAUGCUCCUGCACUUUAUGGUUGAAUAUGUAAUACUACAUAUACUUCAGACUUUUUAUUGAAAUUACUUCAGUUAUUACGUCAUUUGACCACUUUGUGAAUGUACAUAAUAAAAGUUGGUGCGAUCAUGCUAGGGCUUGAUAAAAGUUAUAAAUAUUUUGUAUCCAUACCAUAAACUAUGUGAUUAAUGUCAAUACAAGUAAUGCAGAAGGGUAUGGUGCGUUUUAUUUUUCAGUUCUGUUGUAUUUCUUUUCAUUCUACGCCAGCAUUUCCAGAUGUCAAACAAACCUCAAAUUUUCAAUAAAGUCCACCUUUAUAUCCAGA